CCUUUUCCACUCAACUCAAACAAAUCAAAAACACAAUAAACAUUCACCACCACACCAAUCCCAAAACCAAAACAAAACCUCUCUUUUCCAAUUUCAAGUUUUCACAUUCUCUUCUCUCAGUUUCAGAAUCAGAUCACAGAAAUUAAUUAAGUAAUGGCUAUGGAAGCCCUCAACUCACCCACCACCACCGCCCCAUCCUUCACGUUCAACGACCACCCAACCCUCCGUCACCCGGCGGAGCCGUGGGCAAAACGGAAACGCUCCAAGCGAUCUCGUUCAUGCUCCGAGGAAGAGUACCUCGCUCUCUGCCUCAUCAUGCUCGCUCGCGGCGGCGCCGCCACCACCACUGCCACCCCUCCGCUGCAACCGGCAACCGCUCCUUCCGGUUCCUCCAGGCUCAGCUACAAGUGCUCCGUGUGCGACAAGGCCUUCCCUUCCUACCAAGCGCUCGGCGGACACAAGGCCAGCCACCGCAAACACUCCGGCGGCGGGGGUGAAGAUCAUUCCGCUGGCGCCACCUCCUCUGCCGUUGCCACCACCACAAGUUCUGCUAACACCGGAAGUGGAGGUAAGGCUCAUGAGUGUUCCAUCUGCCACAAAUCCUUCCCCACCGGCCAGGCCUUAGGAGGACACAAGCGUUGCCACUAUGAAGGUGGUGGUGGGAGCAGCAGCGCUACCGCGUCAGAAGGUGUUGGAUCCACCCACACCGUGAGCCACAGCCACCACCGUGACUUCGAUCUGAACAUACCCGCUCUGCCGGAGUUUCCAAGCACCAAGGCCGGAGAAGACGAGGUUGAGAGCCCUCACCCUGUGAUGAAGAAGAAGCAACGUGUUUUCAUGAUACCCAAGAUCGAAAUCCCUCAACUCCAUUGAAUGACGAAGGUUCAAAGCCUCUUUCACACCUAGGGCAUUGAAAUGUGUGACGUCGAAUUCCAAUAUCGGACUCGCAAACUGAAAAUCAAACAUAGCCUUCAUUAUUGAAAGCCCCAUUUUAGGAAUUUUUUUUCCUUUUUGAUUAUUGAGAAAAUUUUGUGAUGUUUUUUUUUUUUAAUUUGUAAAUAUAGUAGAAACGUAUGACUUAGGAGUAUUUUGAAGUCUUCUCUCUGACUUCACUUUGCGUUUAAUGUAGUUUUGAAAGUGGGAAUUCAAUUUAUUUAUUUCAUUGAA